AAAAAAAAAGAAAAAGGAAAAAAAAACUUUUGGAGGUUUUUCUACCAAAGUUCAUCCUUUUAUUCUUUGAUGAGAAGGUUGUCUUAUCAAAAGCUCCAACAGGACUAAAUAGUGUGGUUUUUGACCUAAUCGAUUAGUUUGAUUAGAAUUAUUCGUACAAUUCCACGUAUUUCAUUUAAUUCGUUAUGAUUUUAGUUAUGGCGGACCGGUUGUUAGGUUAAAACGUGUCUAGUCUGAUUUUACUCUGUUACUCGUGAUUUCAUGCCCAAUUCAGCAGUGUCAGCUGAGUUUGGUAUGUUUUAACAAACCACGUUGUAUCGCUGCAAGCACGUGUUUGGUCACGAACGUGUAUCAGGCAAGCACGCGCGCGCACGGUAAUUGCUCACAGACAACUAGGCGCGAGACUAGACCGCAGUUUAUACGAGAGGCAUCGGCGACGGGCGAGCCCAUGGAGUUCGAGGAGUCGGGUAUUGGAGAGGAGUGCGGAGUCUUUGGGUGUGUCGCUGCGGGAGAGUGGCCCACACAGCUGGAGGUGGCUCAGGUCUUAACUUUGGGGCUGGUGGCGUUACAGCACAGGGGGCAGGAAAGUGCUGGGAUUGUCACAAGUAAUGGAGCCAGUCCACCCACGUACACAGCACACAAGGGAAUGGGAUUAGUGAGCACCGCUUUUUCACCAGAGGCUCUCACUAAACUGCGCUAUGGUAACCUCGGCAUUUGCCACACACGCUAUUCAACCACUGGGAUCUCAGAGCUGCAGAACUGCCAGCCCUUUGUGGUGGAUACACUGCAUGGCAAGAUUGCUGUAGCACACAAUGGAGAGCUGGUUAAUGCCCAUGCCCUGCGGAAAAAGGUGAUGCGCCAUGGUGUCGGCCUCUCCACUAGCUCAGACAGCGAGCUCAUCACCCAGCUGCUGGCACUGACUCCACCUAUGGAGGAGCUAGACUCACCUGACUGGGUUGCCAGAAUUAAAAACCUCAUGACUGAAACGCCAACAUCAUACUCACUGCUGGUCAUGUUCAAAGAUGUAAUCUACGCAGUGCGUGACCCUUAUGGAAAUAGGCCACUGUGCAUUGGGCAGCUCGUUCCCAUCUCUAAACUGCACAGUCCAGGUCAGUCUCUUAAUUGCCCCUUGGGGAUAAAUUCUUCUGAAUCUGAAUCUGAAUGCAUGAACAGUGAAAUGGUGUUCCUUGAGUCCAUCGGUUCAUUAUAUAUUUUUUUGUCGUUAUUGAUUAACAGGUACUACAGAGAGGUCUUGCCAGGAGAGAUAGUCCAGAUAUCCAGACAUGGUGUCAAAUCUCUGAGUGUUGUGCCUCGACCUGAGGGAGACCUGCCAGCAUUCUGCAUUUUUGAAUAUGUUUAUUUUGCCAGACCAGACUCUAUAUUCGAAGGGCAAAUGGUCUAUACUGCCAGACAGCGAUGUGGGCGGCAGUUGGCCAUCGAGUCUCCGACUGAUGCAGACGUUGUCAGCACUGUGCCAGAGUCUGCAACCCCUGCUGCUCUGGGCUACGCUGAGCAGUCUGGUCUUCCAUACAUUGAGGUUCUGUGUAAAAACCGCUAUGUUGGAAGAACUUUUAUCCAGCCAAAUACCCGCUUGAGGCAGCUAGGAGUGGCCAAGAAGUUUGGAGCACUGACGGACAACUUUGCUGGGAAACGAGUGGUGCUCAUUGAUGACUCCAUCGUCAGAGGCAACACAAUUUCCCCUAUUAUUAAGCUGCUGAAGGAAGCGGGUGCCAAAGAGGUCCACAUCAGGGUGGCUUCUCCACCAAUCAGGUUCCCUUGCUACAUGGGCAUCAACAUCCCAACCAAGGAGGAGCUCAUUGCCAACAAGCCGGAGUUUCAGGACAUUGCUGGUUAUAUUGGUGCUGACAGUGUUAAAUAUCUGACUGUGGAGGGCCUCGUAUCUGCUGUCCAGGAGGGUAUUGCUUUCCAUAUUGAAAAGGACAAAAUUAAUUCCAAUAACAAGUCCAACAGGAAAGCGGGCCACUGCACUGCCUGUCUGACUGGGAAAUAUCCAGUGGAGCUGGAGUGGUAACUGCUGCACCAACAGUAGCACUGUGGAUGGUGCUGCAAACUUUAAAAAAAAAACCUGUUCUACAUAUGGUUUAUCUCAACAUUGCCAGCCGGAACACUAAGAUGUUACACAACUACAAAAGGUUACUUUAUUCAGAACCUUAGGAAGAUGAAAGUGAUGCUUUUUCUCACCUGUGGUGGCUAAGCUUUUCUUUUUCUGUUCCUGGAUGUGACUAAUUCCAGGUGUGUAUUUCUUACCACACAAGUAUGUUUUUGUUUUGCAGCUGCAUUUAUUUGAAAAGUAGAUUUCCACAUGUAUUCAAAGCAUUUACAAUGCCAGAAAAAGCGCACACGAUAAAUGACCAAAACAUUAAAUCAUCUUUAUUUCUGUUAUUUACUUAGAAAAGCUGUUUUGUUUAUGUUUUGUGCUGUUUUCUCAAAUUUGAACAAUACAGGAAUAUGAUGUAUGAAUAAUAAACAAUAACUACAAUGA